GCGCGGUGGAGUGGUACACUACUGCGCAUGUGCCGGCCACCAGACUCGCCUCAGACGGAUGUUCAGUGGUUUAGUGGAGCGGUGUCAGUAGGUCGCCCGGUGUCCCGCCAUGUCUGCUCGCCAACUCCGCCGGCUGCCCUCCGCCGCGCGGACCCUCCUUGCACAACCCUCAUGCCUCUGCUCCAGGCAGUACAGCCAAGUUAGACCAAUAUAUGUCAUCAAAGACGGAAAGUGGCGACAAUCCGCGCCAAGUUUCUAUGCACACCAGGCGAUUGAUUUAAGGAGCAGACAGUACUCAUUUGUGCACAACCUCGACCCUGCGGUGCGCGAAGGAUCCCACAAAAAUUCAGAUGAUGUCCUAUUCGACAUGUUUAAAAAUGAAGACACCGGACUACUGCCAGUGGGAAAAUUUUUGGCCGCCUUGAGAACAACAGGAAUAAGGAAGAAUGAUCCACGAAUUAAAGAAGUCAUGCAUAAUUUAUACAAAGUACACAAGCAAUUAAAUUUCGAGGGAGGCUCUCCAGAGACUUUGAAAUUAGAUAGAAAAACUUUUAAAGAGGUGAUUGCACCCAACAUAGUCUUGAUAACGAGGGCGUUCCGCAGUCAGUUUGUCAUCCCAGACUUCCAAGAUUUCAUUAAAGAUAUAGAGGAAAUGUACUGGUCAGCCAAAAGCAACACUGACGGUAAAGUGGCCAGCUACAUCCCUCAGUUAGCACGAGCAAGCCCGGAUAAUUGGGGCAUUAGUGUGUGCACCAUCGACGGACAACGCUUUUCUAUUGGUGACGUGAACGUCCCCUUCACUCUACAGUCGUGUAGCAAGCCGCUGACAUACGCGAUGGCUCUAGAAACGUUAGGCCCUGACGUGGUACACAAGUAUGUUGGCACCGAGCCCAGCGGCAGAAACUUCAAUGAGCUUGUGUUGGACCACAACAUGAAACCACACAACCCGAUGAUUAACGCUGGUGCAAUUCUCGUUUGCUCAUUGCUCAAAAGCUUAGAUAAACCUGAGAUGACGUUGGCAGAGAAGUUCGACUACGUGAUGUCUUUCUUCAGCCGGCUGGCGGGUAACGAGGUUUUGGGUUUCAAUAAUGCUGUAUUUCUGUCUGAGCGCGAGGCAGCAGACCGAAAUUACGCGCUUGGCUUUUACAUGCGCGAGCACAAAUGUUACCCUGAGAAAACAAACCUACGGGAAUGUAUGGAUUUCUAUUUCCAGUGUUGUUCCAUGGAAGCGAAUUGCGACAUCAUGUCAAUUAUGGCAGCUACGUUGGCCAACGGUGGGAUCUGCCCCAUAACCGACGAAAAAGUGCUUCGUCCGGACUCAGUUCGCAACGUAUUGUCGCUGAUGCACAGCUGCGGCAUGUACGACUAUUCCGGACAAUUUGCCUUCAAAGUUGGUAUUCCUGCGAAGUCAGGGGUUUCUGGAGGCAUGCUCAUUGUAGUCCCCAAUGUCAUGGGAAUUUGCACUUGGUCUCCUCCACUCGAUUCCCUCGGAAACAGCUGUCGGGGCAUACAGUUCUGCGACGAGUUAAUCCAACGCUUCAACUUCCAUAAGUACGAUAAUAUUCGCUACGCUAGUCACAAGAAGGAUCCUCGCCGAUACAAGUUCGAGUCUACAGGAUUGAGCAUAGUCAACUUACUGUUUUCAGCAGCUAGUGGGGACAUUAGUGCUUUGAGAAGGCACCAUCUAUCCGGAAUGGACAUGACGCUGUCGGACUACGAUGGGCGCACGGCGCUCCACCUGGCGGCGGCGGAGGGCCACCUCGGCUGCGUGGACUUCCUCCUAGCCCAGUGCGGCGUCCCGCACGACCCUCGCGACCGCUGGGGCAGCCGUCCGCUCAACGAGGCCGAGACCUUCGGACACACCGGCGUCGUACAGUACCUCAAGGAAUGGGAACACUCACACCCCAUUAAAGAAGAAGAAUCAUCGGAACAAAAGGACACGGUAGACGAGCUUCUCACCGUCAACCCCGACGCAGUAGACGCCGUCAAGGAUCCCAGCAUACAGGAGAUCAUAUCCAGAAAUGGUGACAAAGUACAAUAAAAGAAUCUCUUCUUAAUGAUCACACCAAUGUAAAUAAUUGAAUUGGAUCUCACAUAAUUACAAAAUUUCGUUACUAGUAGAUAGACAAAUGUUUAAAUGUGGCAAAGAAUUUGAUGAUAAACAGCAUUUAAAUUUUAGAAAUUGUAUUGUUCAAUAUUAUGAUAUUAAUUAUUGUUAUUCUCAAUUUGAUAGAAAGCAAACAGAAUGUAAUUUUUAAAAUUAUUUAGGAAUGCAUAUCCUAAAUUGUAGUGGUUCCUUUGCUAGUCUUAAAGACAAUCUCUGUGUAGAUAGAACGAAGUCUAAAAGGCCCAAUUUAGCUGUCAAUUAUGUAAGGUCUGAAUGCAUUAAUAAUCAGUUCUUAGAUAUUCCAGCUAAGGAAAAUAUAUGAACAUUCCAGUUUAUUGUGAGCUUCUAUAAACUAAGUAUAAAAUGCUUAAUUAAUAGCUGUUUUAUCUUGUGGAAGUAUAUAUUUUAAGUAUAGAUUGUACACAAUAUUGAAACUUAUAAUGACAAUAAGUAUUAUAUGGACUUGUAUUAAGAAUUGUAGUUUCAGAAAUGCUCCUUUCAAGAUUAUUGAUGUUGUCCAAAUGUAUGUCAAUUACCAAAUAAAAUGUUGAAUUUAAGAA